GAGGGGCGGGGUGAUCCGGGGGGAGAGUGCGCGGGGCCGUGUGCAAACCGCGUGUGGCGCAGCCAGAAGGGACCCGGGAGCAGGCGGGCAGGGCCGGGCAGCGCGGGGCCUACACUUGUCCGGGCGGGCCACUGCCGCAGCGGCUCCGGAGUCCUCAGGCAGCUAAUCUGCAGCCAUGAGCAGCAACGAGUGCUUCAAGUGUGGACGUACUGGCCACUGGGCUCGGGAGUGCCCUACUGGAAUUGGCCGUGGUCGUGGGAUGAGAAGCCGUGGCAGAGCAGGCUUCCAGUUCAUGUCUUCAUCUCUCCCGGACAUUUGUUACCGCUGUGGUGAGUCUGGCCACCUUGCCAAGGACUGUGAUCUUCAGGAGGAUGAAGCCUGCUAUAACUGCGGUAGAGGUGGCCAUAUUGCGAAGGACUGCAAGGAGCCCAAGAGGGAGAGAGAGCAGUGCUGCUACAACUGUGGCAAACCUGGCCACCUGGCUCGUGACUGUGACCAUGCAGAUGAGCAGAAGUGCUAUUCUUGUGGAGAGUUUGGACACAUUCAAAAAGACUGCACCAAAGUGAAAUGCUAUAGGUGUGGUGAAACUGGCCAUGUAGCCAUCAACUGCAGCAAGACCAGUGAAGUCAACUGCUAUCGCUGCGGCGAGUCAGGGCACCUUGCACGAGAAUGCACAAUUGAAGCUACAGCCUAAUUAUUUUCCUUUGUCGCCCCUCCUUUUUCUGAUUGAUGGUUGUAUUAUUUUUCUCUGAAUCCUCUUCACUGGCCAAAGGUUGGCAGAUAGAGGCUACUCCCAGGCCAGUGAGCUUUACUUGCCGUGUAAAAGGAGGAAAGGGGUGGAAAAAUCAACUUUCUGCAUUUAACUACAAAAAUGUUUAUGUUUAGUUUGGUAGAGGUGUUAUGUAUAAUGCUUUGUUAAAGAACCCCCUUUCCGUGCCACUGGUGAAUAGGGAUUGAUGAGUGGGAAGAGUUGAGUCAGACCAGCAAACCCUCUCUGGGUUACAUGGAAGUGAUCCUAUGCAGGAGGAAAGAAAUUCUGGAAGUGUCUAAACUUCCUCAUAACUUUAAUUUUAUUACAAUGGCCUUGGAUUGUCUGACCUCAGUAGCUGUUAACACCAAGUAAUAUCUGUAUCAGGCCCUACCUAGAGCAUAUAGCUGAGUGGGAGUAAACAAACAAGAUGCACAUGCCUGUUCAUGGCCAUGAGAGAGAGAGAGAGAAAUCGGGAAUAAACUUAAAAGUAACAGUAAUUCAGUCAAUGAAUGUUCAUGUUGGAGAUACAGAACGUAAUGGAAAGCUUUUGAGUAAAUAUUUCAAAGUAAAUCUGAAACCCAGACAUCAGUGCUCAUAGCAUAUACAAUUUGGAGCUAUUCAGGAGUUGCAAAUAAAUGCAUUUUCACAGAAAGCAAGAUGUUAUUUUUGUAUACUAUAUCACUUAGACAACUGAGUUUCAUUUGCUUGUAAUCAGUUUUUAAAGUAAGAUGGUAAAAGCAAUUGAAGUCCUAGAACAUAGAAAAUGUAAUUUUAAACUAUCAAUAAAGCUGGAGGAGGAAGGGGA